AGCAAUGUCUACCAGCAACCCGGCUCAAGGAACUUAUGAAGAGGCAGCAUCCGUGGAUCACAUCCGUGCUCUAAUCGCUGACGCACGAGGCGACGUGCCGGAACGCGUCUCCGUUGUGGAGCGAAUAAGGCAGGAAUGGUGGGCAGCAAAAAAUCCCGACGAGGUCGCUAGGCUCAUAAGCAACACACGAAGAAGGGGAGCAGCCGACGAGAUGAUUCUGGAUCGUGACUGGAGCAAGGUCGCUGUUUGGAGGAGCCGCCAAACAGCUCUCCGCCAACUAUGCAAAGAGCUCUCUCGACCGGCACCUUAUUACUAGAGCCAAACACGAGACUUCACCGUGGUGGGAAUU